UAGCUAUUUAACGAAGGAAAUAAUAUUUCAUUUCCUCAUUUGAUGUAUUUUGCAUCCACUGUAAUUAAUAUAUUUGCACAUAUGUGCCUUUAUUGUGCUCUUGGCGAGAUUUUGGUUGCCCAGUGCAAUAGAAUAUAUUAUGCAGCGUACAGUAAUAAAUGGUACACCAUGAAUGCAAAAGUAACUAAAAAUUUGUUAUUUUUAAUGAUAAGGGGCUCUAAACCGAUCUAUCUUACUGCUGGAAAAGUAUUCCCUGUAACGAUGGCAACAUUUUGUAGUUUAAUAAAAACAUCGGUUGGCUAUAUAUCCGUUUUACAUACAAUGAGAAGUUAA